AAUGCAGAAGGGGCGCUUGAGUCUGGCUACCGUCUCCCACACGGAGACUUUCUGGAGGAAGGUGAGUCCUAAACGCGAUGGUCUGGGGACAGGUGAUGGUCUGCACUCAUGGGUUUUACAGGAGCCGGUCUCCGCAGGAGACAAUCCCCGUGAAUGUGACUCCCAGGGAACAAGUAAAGACACUUUGGUUCGUGAGGGGAAGACCUACAAAUGCAAGGAAUGUGGGAAAGUGUUUAACAAGAACAGCCUCCUUGUUCGACAUCAUCAGAUUCAUGCUGGGGUGAAGCCUUAUGAAUGCCAGGAGUGUGGAAAAGCCUUUCGUGAAAAGAUCGACUUCUUUCGACACAUGAGGAUUCACACAGGGGAGAAGCCCUGUAAGUGCGUGGAGUGCGGGAAGGUCUUCAACCGCAGGUCGCACCUCCUGUGCCACCACCGGAUUCACACUGGAGAGAAGCCCUAUGAGUGCAGCCAGUGUGGAAAGACCUUCAGCUAUCACUCUGUCUUCAUCCAGCAUCGUAUGACCCACACUGGAGAAAAACUCUGGUGCAAAGAAUGUGGGGAAACCUUUUACUGCAACUCUUCCUUAACCCGGCACAUGAAGAUUCACGCCGGAGAGAAGCCUGCAAAGUGCAGUGAGUGCGGGAAGACUUUCGCCUACCACUCUGUUUUCUUCCGACAUAGUAUGGCCCGCCCUGCAGGAAAGCCCUAUGAGUGUAAAGAAUAUGGGAAAGGUUUUUACUAUGGCUAUUCCCUCACUCUACACACAAGGAGCCACAAUGGAGAGAAACCUUACGAGUGCCUUGAACGUACAAAGGCCUUUGGCUACCACUCUGCUUUUGCCCGACUUAGUAAGAUCCACUUGGGAGAAAAAAGCCUUUGAGUGCAAAUGAUGUGGGAAUUUGUGGGUUUUCUUUCUUUCUUUCUUUCUUUUUUUCUUUGAUACAUAAGGAGCCACACUGAAGAGAAGCACUCUGAAUUCAGUGACAGUAGGAAAGCGGUGACCUGCAGCUCUUCUUCACUUGGCAUUGAAGAAUUCAUUCCAGAGAUAAACUCUAUAAGAUAUGUGGGAAGGACUUUUGCAAGUGGGCCCACAUCAGUCAACGUCAGAGAACUUAAACAGGGAAAAGACAUUGUGACAAAAACUAGUGAAGAAAAUCUUUUGGCCACAGGAAAUAUCUUCCUCAGCAUCAGAGAAUUUUUCCAGGAGGGAGACUAUUGGUUUUUGUGCACUUGAAAGAACCACCCACAUCUCUCUCCAUAGUUUGUAUCCCUAAGCCACCUCAGGAAUUUUCUUUCUUUUAAGUAAGAAGGGAACUGUAAAAGAGAAAAAAAGAAAUUCAUGCACAGCUUCUGUCAGACUUGUCUGAAAGCCAUGCCUAUCAAAAUUUGAAUUCAGUUCUUCAUUUUGCAGAUACCUGAAAGGUACAAGGGCCUUGCCUCAUUAUUUGUCCUUUAUAUGUAUUCACUCCUGUCUACAGGAGAAUUGUCCUCUGUAAAGACUGACUCUGUAAAGAUUUAUUGAAUGCAUUCUUUGUUCUAAAACACUGUACUCCUGAGGAACGUAAGUCUUUGUGAGAAAUAUGAAUGCUUAAGUAAUGGAAUAUGUGAAACUUGUAAGAACGUAGAAUAUAAAAAUACUGCCAUACAAAAUCAUUUCAUAUCUAAGGAGAUAAGUAUCCACAUUGAAUUGGCAUAUUUUGCUGCAUCAUUUAAGACUAUUUAAGAUUUUAAGUUAAAAAAAAAUUCUUCAUGUGGUUUUGAACACCCAGCACUCGAUAUACUUGUUUGUUUUGAUUUAUUUUCUCAGGGACAAGAGAAUGAUGGUGAAGCUGUGUUGCUUUCCCAGGUGAGCCUUGAUUAUUUCCUCUGUGCUUUCUCAGCUUCUUUGGCCUUCUGUAAGAAGGGCUUCUCCAAGAGCAUGUCACUAGUUUUCUAGGGGUUAAACAAGAGCUAAGACAAACAAAACAAAACAUAGCUUAUCUAAUCUAAUGAGAAACCCAGAAAAAAAUGUUUUGAUGAAUGCAAUGUAUUAAAAUAUAAAAUAUGUAGCUCCUUCGACAUGUUAAUUCAAUUCUAGAAAUCUUCAGAAAUAUUCUUAUAUUAUGCAGAGAUGUGCGUGCGAAGACUAAUCGCUGCAGUUUUGUUUUUAUGUGUGAAACGUUGAGAACAAUCUAAAUGUUUAUCAGUAGGAAGUAAGUUAUGGUACAUCUGUUCUAUGAAAUACUAUGAAGCAAUAAGGUAUCUCUGUCUGUACUGAUAUCAAAACAUCUCUAAGAUACAGUAUUUAGUAAAAGAGAAACUUUCAGGAAAUAAAACUACAUCUAGAAGUAUAAGCCUAAAACUGUUAAUAGUGGUUUUCUGCAGGAAAUGGGAUGGACCGGGGUUAUAUGCAAUGUUCAGUUUUUACUUUUAUACUUAAGUAUUGUUUACAUUUGAAAAAUAAAAAACAUUUAUUGUUUUUGCAACAAAUGUUUACAGUAUUUCUAUAAAGAUAGCAUUUU